CCAUUAAUUAAUUUAAUCACUACUCAAUCAUUUUAAUUAUCUCACUUUCUUCCACUGCUCUCUCAUUAUACAAGUAGCAGAAUAGAACCUGCCACUUUCUUCCAUCUCUGAUCCAAUUCUCCAAACACACCCUUAUUCUAUCCAUCCAUCCAACAAAAAAAAAACAAAAAAAAAAAAAGAAAAUGUCUUCCCAAUAAGCAAAAAUAGAGAUUGAGAAGAAAAAAAUUGAAGAAAAAUGGAAAUGAAAAACAAAGUUAUAAUCUUUUUGAUUGGUUGUUGUUUGGGAAUUCCUCUUGUUUUAGGCAAUGAUGAGCUAUUAGCUUUACUUUCAAUGAAAAACUCAUUUAUUGAUCCAUUAAAUCAACUUAAAGAUUGGAAAAACAACACAAAAAAUGAUGAUAAUCAUCAUUCAUAUUGUGAAUGGAAAGGUGUUUGGUGUAAUUCUCAAGGAUUUGUAGAAAAACUUGAUCUUUCCAACAUGAAUUUAAGUGGGAAAGUCCCAGAAAAUAUACAAAAUCUUAAGAGUUUAACAACUCUUAAUCUUUGUUGUAAUGCAUUUCAAUCAUCAUUGCCUAAAACACUCUCUAAUCUUACCUCAUUAGUAACCCUUGAUCUUAGUCAAAAUGACUUUAUUGGUAGUUUCCCUUCUGGGUUUAGUGCAGCUAAAGGGCUUAUUUCCCUUAAUGCUUCAAGCAACAACUUUGCGGGUAACUUACCUUAUGAUCUUGGCUUCUGUAACUCCCUCGAAACCCUCGAUUUUCGAGGGAGUUUCUUCGAAGGAUCAAUCCCGACCUCCUUCCAAAACCUUCAAAAAUUGAAGUUUUUAGGCCUGUCAGGGAAUAAUCUUACAGGGGAAUUACCCUCUGAACUUGGGUUACUCUCCUCUUUAGAGACCUUAAUUCUAGGGUAUAAUGAGUUUCAUGGGUCUAUCCCUUCAGAAUUAGGGAACCUAAGUAACCUUCAGUAUUUAGACUUAGCUGUAGGAAGUCUAAGUGGGAAACUUCCUGCAGAACUUGGGAAGUUACAGAAUCUUCAAACAGUUUAUCUAUACAUGAAUGAAUUUGAAGGGAAAAUCCCAUGGGAUUGGGGUAAUAUGUCUUCAUUAACAUACUUAGAUCUUUCAGAAAAUCGAAUUUUGGGGGAAAUCCCGAAAGAUUUGGGCAAGUUAAAGAAUCUGCAGCUUCUGAAUUUGAUGCGCAAUGAACUAACAGGGGAGAUACCAAAUGAGCUUGGUGGGUUAACCAAUUUACAAGUACUUUCACUAUGGAAAAACUCUCUGAUAGGCCAUUUGCCUGUGAAUUUAGGCAAAAAUUCCCCUUUAAGAUGGCUUGAUGUUUCAUCAAACUCUUUAUCUGGUGAAAUUCCUCCUAAUCUUUGUGAAUUUGGGAACCUUACCAAACUUAUUCUCUUUAACAAUUCCUUUUCUGGCCCCUUACCUUUAGGGCUAUCAAAAUGUGAAUCUUUAGUUAGAGUAAGAAUACAUAAUAAUCUGUUAUCUGAGAGUAUCCCUUCUGGUUUAGGUACAUUACCUAAACUUGAAAGGUUAGAGUUAAGGAAUAAUAGUCUAACCGGGGCGAUACCCGAUGAUCUUUCCCUGUCCUUGUCACUUUCCUUCAUUGAUGUAUCAUAUAACAAUCUUGAUUCAUCUCUUCCUUCUGGGAUUCUUUCUAUUCCUAGUCUUCAGAAUUUCUUGGGUUCUAGGAAUAAGUUGGAGGGUCAUAUUCCUAAUCAGUUGCAAGGGUGCCCUUCUCUUACUGUCCUUGAUCUUUCUUACAAUCAUAUAUCUGGUGAGAUCCCCAAGGGUAUUGCUUCAUGUGAAAAACUGGUUUUCUUGAACCUUAAGGAGAACCAACUUUCUGGUGAAAUCCCUCACUCAAUUGCAGGAAUGUCGACUUUGUCGAGACUUGAUCUUUCGAAUAACUCUUUAAUGGGUAUGAUACCCGAAAACCUUGGAAGUACGCCCGCUUUGGAAAUGCUCAAUUUGUCCUAUAAUAAGCUUGAAGGCCCUAUACCCACAAAUGGGAUGUUUGCUACUAUCAAUCCGAAUGAACUUAGAGGAAACACGGGACUUUGUGGCGGAGUACUUCCACCUUGCUUUAGGCGCAAUGGAAGUUAUUCUAAUCAAUUGAAAAACAAGCACAUUAACCAUAUCAUCAUCGGGUUUAUUGUGGGAAUCUCGGUCAUUUUAGGUAUCGGGCUAGCGUUUUUUAUUGGUAGGAUGGUUUAUAGAAGAUGGUAUUUGUAUAGUAAUAGAGUAGAAGAGUGGUUCACCAAGGACAACAAAGAAUGGCCUUGGAGACUUGUAGCAUUCCAAAGGCUAAACUUCAGUUCAGCAGAAAUCUUAGCAUGCUUAAAGGAAUCAAAUGUGAUUGGAAUGGGUGGGACUGGGAUGGUUUACAAGGCUGAGAUCCAACGGCCACACUCAAUCAUAGCGGUGAAGAAGCUGUGGAGAUCUACAGGUGAUAUCGAAGCAGGGGAUAACCUAUUAGCCGAAGUAGAACUACUAGGAAGAUUGAGGCAUAGGAACAUAGUAAGGUUGUUAGGUUACUUGCAUAACGAAAGCGAUGUGAUGAUGGUGUACGAGUAUAUGCCGAAUGGCAAUCUAGGAGCAGCAUUGCACGGUAGCAAACAAGCGGGGAAGAACAAUAUGCUCGUAGAUUGGGUGUCGAGGUAUAACAUAGCACUAGGAGUAGCUCAAGGCUUGGCUUACCUACACCAUGAUUGUCAUCCUCCGGUGAUUCACCGCGAUGUCAAGUCGAACAAUAUUUUACUCGACGAGAAUUUUGAAGCUCGAAUAGCUGAUUUUGGACUUGCUAAGAUGAUGCUUCAUAAUAAUGAGACGGUCUCCAUGGUUGCCGGAUCGUACGGAUAUAUUGCACCUGAAUAUGGAUACAGCUUAAAGGUGGACGAGAAGAGCGAUAUUUACAGCUACGGAGUUGUACUCCUAGAGCUCGUGACAGGGAAAAAGCCUUUAGACCCUUCAUUUGGCGAAUCAACGGACUUAGUAGAGUGGGUAUUGGGGAAGAUCCGAAACAAUGGAGGAUUAGAGGAAGUACUAGAUCCAGAAGUAACCGGGCAAUGCAAGUACAUUCAGGAAGAGAUGCUACUCGUGUUGAGAAUCGCUCUUCUUUGCACGGCUAAACUGCCGAAAGAGCGGCCUUCCAUGAGAGAUACGAUAACGAUGCUCAAAGAAGCGAAGCCGCGGAGGAAGAGCAUCUGCAAUAACAAUGGAUAUCAAACUAACAUUGAUAAACCAGUAUUCAGUACUUCCCCAGUUACAAGCCUCUUGUAGAAAAUAAUAACAUGCUGUUACCUGUAUUUUUUUUUUACUUGUAAUUCUUUUUUUUUUUUCACCCCUUUCUGUAGAUUCUUACUUUUCUACUUCUGUUUCAAUUUUAAUCUAAAUUUUAAUACUGUUUAGAAUAGAUACAGUUGAAAGAUAACUAGGUUUCACUUUUUAGUAUUUUUCAUAAGGCUGAAUUUUAUGUACAUUGAGAUCUUCCUUCAUAAUUAGUUGCCAUAUUAUCCCAAUUCUGUUUAACUAAGAUUAUGAUAUUAUUACCCAAAAAUUUAGACCUUUAUAAUAGUUUGUACAAGUAACUCUUCCCUUCAAUCAAUGUUAAGAGGCACAUCCAGAAAUUCACAUAAGUCAAUUCUAGGGAUGGUCAUAGGUCUAAGGCCCUAUUGGACCUGCCUCUAUUUUUUGGGUAUGGGUCUAAUUUUUUAAGACCAAGCGGAUCCAAAUCUGAUUCAGAUCCAAAAAAAUAAACAGGUCUGAAUCUUGGUCUAGGAUUUUCAGACUCAAUACUAUUGCAAG